UAUCUCAGCUCGGAAGGUAGAAAGGUUGUGGGAAACCUCCGUGUGAGGGGCACAGAGCUCAGCCCCACUUGGCCCGACUCCAUCCCGGCUUCAACCAUGUUCUGCAGAGGACGGUUUGUACUUGUCUCUCCUACAGGGCUUCAGCCCCUCGUCUACAGAUGCGGUGAACAUGAGUAGCCAGAGAUGAAGGGACUUUGCUUGGGGUGCUAGGCUUAGCGACGGGAAGACCAGCAGAGAAGAGGACAGUUCUGCGACCUUCUGCGCCAGGACCCAGCACCAUGACGGUGUCUUACACUCUCAAAGUGGCAGAGGCCCGCUUCGGAGCCUUCUCUGGCCUGCUCCUCCGCUGGAGGGGCAGCAUCUACAAGCUCCUGUACAAGGAGUUUCUGCUGUUCGGGGCCUUGUAUGCUGUGCUCAGCGUCACCUACCGGCUGUGGCUGACCCAGGAGCAGAAGCAAAUUUAUGCCCAGGUGGCCCGAUACUGCAACCGUUCAGCAGACCUCAUCCCUCUGUCCUUCGUGCUGGGUUUCUACGUGACUUUGGUGGUGAACCGAUGGUGGUCUCAGUACACGAGCAUUCCGCUGCCGGACCAGUUAAUGUGUGUCAUCUCGGCCUGUGUGCAUGGCGUGGACCAGAGCGGCCGUUUACUACGCCGAACUCUCAUCCGCUAUGCCAACCUGGCGUCGGUGCUGGUGCUGCGAUCUGUCAGCACCCGUGUGCUCAAGCGCUUCCCCACUAUGGAGCACGUGGUGGAUGCAGGUUUCAUGUCUCAGGAAGAGAGGAGAAAGUUUGAGAGCUUGAAAUCUGAUUUUAACAAGUACUGGGUCCCUUGCGUCUGGUUCACUAACCUCGCCGCCCAGGCCCGCAGGGAUGGACGAAUCCGUGACGACAUCGCUCUCGGUCUCAUACUGGAAGAGCUGAACAAGUACCGUGCCAAGUGCAGCAUGCUGUUUCACUAUGACUGGAUCAGCAUCCCCCUUGUCUACACCCAGGUGGUGACGAUAGCCGUAUACUCCUUCUUCGCCCUUUCCCUGGUCGGCCGACAGUUUGUGGAGCCGGAAACAGGGGCUGCCCAACCUCAGGAGCCUCUGGAGCCAGACAAAGAGGUCUCUUCAGCCCUGGGGGACCUGGACAUGUUUGUGCCUCUGACCACGUUGCUGCAGUUUUUCUUUUACGCUGGCUGGCUCAAGGUAGCUGAACAGCUCAUUAACCCCUUCGGUGAAGAUGAUGACGACUUUGAGACCAAUCAGCUCAUAGAUCGAAACCUGCAGGUGUCCCUGCUCUCGGUGGAUGAUAUGUACCAGAACCUGCCUCCUGCUGAGAAGGAUCAGUACUGGGAUGAGGCCCAACCUCAACCACCCUAUACGGUGGCCACAGCCGCCGAGUCACUGCGUCCUUCCUUCUUGGGUUCCACUUUCAACCUGCGCAUGAGUGAUGACCCUGAGCAGUGCCUGCAGGUGGAGGCGUCCCCAAGGUCCGACCUGCCAGCAACCGCCACCCAGACCCCGCUGCUGGGCCGCUUCCUGGGCUCAGGAGCGCUCUCGCCUGCUAUAAGCCUACGGAACUUAGGGCGAGCACGCGGCGCCCCCAGGACCCCGCAUCUGCUCCGCUUCCGGACCGAGUUGGGUGGUGAGGAGGCUGCCAGCCGUAUAGAUGAGGCUGAAGAAUCUGGCGAUGAAGCCCUGGAACCUUGAGAGCCCCCUCUGCCGGUGGCGGCCACCCUGCCUUCUUCCCCGUUGGUCCUAUCAGCCGCUGCUCAGAGCAACUUCUCUGGACAGCGGGUUGGCCAUUGGGGAAAGCAUCUGUGGACAGCUCUUGAACGCAAAGAUGACGAGGAGAGCUGGGGAUAGGGUGUGUCUCCUUUAGUGUGAAGUGGGAUAGAUUGCUUGGGGAGGCGAAGCUAGAAUGAGGAAAAGGCCAAAUAUAUAGGGCUGGCACACAGAGGCAAGGCUACCUUUUCAGGCGCUGGGGAGCUAGGCCAACGGUCCACAACAGUAGGGGAACACCAGCAUCCCCGAAGUCUUGCCUGGUGCCCAGCCCCAGGCUCUAGGUGCCGCAUUUGGUUGAGCACAGGAAGUGGCAUUUCUAGUUGUGGGUCGAUGCUGUGCUGCUGGUCUGGAACAGCUGUUUUAGAAUCAAGUGCGGAAAAAGUGAAAGGCCACACGCUCCCUAGCCCAGUAACCUCACUCUGAAGGCAGGUCAGCGGGUAUGGUGUGGGACCUUUGUCUGCAAAAUGCUCGCGGUUUGUUUGUAAUGAGAAUAUGUGCAUUUGUUCACUGUGAAUCACGACUGUUUAAUUUAGCAUUUGCCUAGGGUGUAGGUGGAAUUAGGAUUGGGAACUUGCCUUGGUGGCCCAGCACUUAACCAAGACCAGAGUUGUAGAAGCAAGAUCUGACUUUUGCUUUUGUGAAGGGACAGCUAAUGUCAGAACCAAGGAAGACAGCUAAGGAUGGAAACACUGGAGUGUAGACAGGACCUCGCUAAAUCACCCAAGCUGGCCUUGAACUAUGGGAUUCUCCCACCCAGCUUUCCAAGUGGCUUGUGCCAAUGGGACCUAGUCCUACCUAUGUCCUAAAUCCCAAGACUAUUUUAUGUGAAUGUUUGUCAGCAUACGUAAGUUUGUGUCUUAUCUCCUGGAACCUCAAAAAUGAGCUUUGGGAGCUGCCAUGUGGAUACUGGGAAAUGAACCUGAGUGCUCACCUCAAGAGCCAGAGACAUUUCUCCAUCCCUCCAAUUUUUAAAAUGAAAACUGUGUUACAUGUAUCAGUGUGUGUUGUUGAACGGGUGUGGGUUCACACAGGUCUGUGGGAAGAAGACACAGCGUAUUUUAAGGAUGUCUUAGCCUUUCCAGCUGCAGGGGGACUCAGCCUCUUGCAGACUGAGACACCCUCCCUUA